AUGCAUCGGUCGCUCCAAACACUCAGAACCUACCAUAAAGUGAGACGGAGGCUGGCUACUCCUCCACAAUUAGAUGCUAUACAGCCAUGUAAUCGGCCUCUAAACAGGGGAAUGGCCUCGAUAUCUAUGGUCGAGGGCCUGACAUCAACGUCCAAUACGCAUCUGCCAGCACGCCCAUCACCACUCUCUCUAACCGAAUACAACGAUAUACCUUCCGAUCUGUUUCCCUCAUCAUAUAUCAAACUCCCGCAGUCUCCACCUAGUCCCUGGCUAGAAACUCAGUUGGACGGACCACGUAUGAUGACCUAUUACGAUGUGGAAGAGCAGCUAGCCACUAUACGAGUGGUCUUACACAGAGACCCAAUAAGAGCCGAACAAAUGUUUCUGAUGAUGUGGUAUGAGCCUAAAAUCAGGGACUUGAUAAAGCUGAGACUCAACACACCAAUCCUGAACGCCAUCUUGGAAGCAUAUGUAAAUAAAGGAAAUACUCUCAAAGUAGCACAAUGGGAACAUUCUAUAGCCAAUCGAACAUAUGGCCCUGGUUGUGAUACUACCACGUAUGCCAUACUAGUUGGAUGGCACUUGUCGCGCGGAAUGGUGGAUCAUGCUAUAGCAACUAUACAGGAGGCGGAAGCUCAGGGCACAUCUGUAGAAGUUUUGCGACGUGAUUCUAGAUUUACGGAUCCGUCUAGACGAACAGCUCUUGAAGCGCUGCUGAGACAAAUCGGCAAAGUUGUAGAUGGGUAUUCACAGGCCGACUCGUUACUCCUAUCGGCCUUGGAAAAGGAAGGACUAGACAGAGAGAUUGCUGAAGAAUUUGCUACGGAAUUCGAAACUGUAAACGAGGAAGAGGAAGAAUUAGAUUUAGCUGUAGCCUGGUCUACUUCUCAGGUAGCUAUUGCUUCAACAGCAACACCUGCUACCAAGGCAGAGGCAAGAUCGCGGCCUUCAGGUCUACUCUACCUCCAAUCCGUACUCGAACAUGUGCCGGCAACAGAUGCAUCACCCGAAGUGCUAGCAAACGCCCAAGUGGUUCUAGAAGGAGCAACCGUAGAAGCAGCCAUCAAGGAAUUGCAGACCCUAGCCGAAUCCCAACCAUCCGUAUUCGCUCUCUCAUCUCAGCCAUAUCAUCUAAUAUGGUCGUGGACUCGUGAUUUAGCAAACCAAAUAGGAGCUGAACUCAGGGCUAUAGAAUCUGAUACUACAGCAUCAACGAAGUUCGCCACCGAGCACUCUUUUGUAUCUCUAAUCAAUCCUCAGGCCGCCGCCCUGAUCGCCAUAUCAUGUGCUGUAGAACCUGGUAGACGGAGUCGAGACGACAUGGAUGCUGUUGGUGGUGAUAACUCGUCUACACGAUUUGCUAGAUUGAGUAUUGAAAUCGGGAAAGCUUGUGAACGAGAGUAUAAUUUGCAACAAGCUUCGAAAUCUGCUAAUCGGCGAUGGCUCAAGGCAGAGCUGAAAAUCAAUGCCCUGCAAACAUCUGGACGAUUAUAUGAAAUGCAGAUCAAACGUAUCAAAAAGCAUAUGGAUGCUUUUGAUGUUGACAAGAAGGAGAGAGAUUGGGAUCCGAUUUGGCCGGAUACCGUUCGUGUCAAGGUUGGAGCUUUCUUGGCAGGUCUAUUACUGAAAGUUGCCAAGGUUCCUGUAGUUGAUGAAGCAAAUGCAGAUUCUCCUCCGAAAAUGGUCCCAGCAUUUGAACACUAUGUCGGACACAGUGUUGGAUCGCGAGCCAUCGGUUUCUUCAGACCGUCCGAAGCACUCCGUAAUGUGGAACAUGUCCCCGUAGUCCUAUCACCAGCUCUCUUACCAAUGUUAUCACCUCCACGUGCAUGGAUUGGUCGAAACACUGGUGGAUACUUGACCUCAAAGACACCUCUAGUCCGUAUCUUCCUCUGUCCCGAACAUCAAGAAUAUAUCAAAGCUGCUGAACAAGUCGAUGAGGAUGGCGGACACUUGAAGAUAUUGAUGAAGGGAUUAGAUGUCCUUGGGCAAACUCCUUGGAGAGUAAAUGAAAGGGUGUUGGAUGUUGUCUCGCAGAUAUGGAAGGAUGAUAAGAAUGCUGUGGCUGGGCUGCCUGCCAUUGGGCCUAAGAGUCCACAGCCUGCGAAACCUAGUGAGGAAGCUAUUAAGGGUGAUCCGAGUUUGCUAAAGACGUAUUUGCAGGAAUCAAAGUUGUGGCAGAAUGAAGCUACGUCGUUGUAUUCGCAAAGAUGCUCGGAGGCUUAUAAGAUUGAGAUUGCUAAAGCUUUCGUGGGCCAUACAGUCUACUUCCCACAUAACGUCGAUUUCCGUGGUCGAGCCUAUCCAAUACCACCGCAUCUAAAUCAUAUGGGCAAUGACUUGUGUCGUGGAAUUAUGGAAUUCGCUGAAGCCAAACCAUUGGGUAAACGAGGGCUUGAAUGGCUCAAGAUUCAGGUUGCUACAUUGGCUGGUGCUUCCAAAGUGUCAUUCGAAGAUCGUAUUCAAUUCACUGAAGAUAUCAUGAAGGAAGUGUAUGAUAGCGCUGAUCAGCCGUUGACUGGUAACAAAUGGUGGAUGAAGAGUGACGAACCUCUCCAACUCUUGGCUACUUGUCUAGAAUUAGCAGCCGCCAUGCGUUAUGAACCAUCUCCCGAACUAUACCCAUCUCGUCUACCUAUCCAUCAAGACGGGACAUGUAAUGGUCUACAACAUUAUGCUGCGUUAGGUGGUGACAAAGAUGGUGCCAAGAAUGUAAACCUGAUACCAUCUGAUAAACCACAAGAUGUCUAUUCAGGAGUCGCCAACCUGGUUGCCAAAGCUGUCGAAACUCAUGCUGUCGCAUAUAAAAGACAGCAAGACGAGUUAGCUCAAGGUCGCGAUCCUGGUAAUGAAUGCAAAGUCGUGUUUAAUGGACAUUUGAUAGAUCCACCUAUAGAAGCAUCCUGGAUGCAAGGAAGAGUGACCCGAUCACUUGUAAAACAGACCGUGAUGACUGAAUCCUACGGAGUAACAUUUAUAGGAGCACGAGAGCAAGUCGCUUCUCGGCUCAAGGAAUCACGAGAAGAGAAUAAUUUCACACCAAAGCAGAUUGCAUCGAUAUCUAAAUACAUUGCACGUCUGAUAUUUAAUUCAUUGGGAGAGCUAUUCGCUGGUGCUAAAGCUAUACAAGAGUGGCUUAAUAUAACUGCUGCACUUGUAUGUAAAUCCAUACCCGAAACGCAUGUACCGCCGGACGCGAUUGAAGAUGCCAAGAUACUGGGCAGAUUAGGGAUUGUGACCCCUCAAGCUGCUGGUAUAUCGUUUAGUCAAAUCCUCAGGGAUAAUAGUGGCGCAAAGACAACAUUGUCGCUUGUAAAAGCCGACACCAGUAGUCUUGGAUUGCCUGACGAGCUCCUCGAAGAUGGGGAUGGUGAGGCUGUUGAGGUGCCUAAACCAGUCAGGAAGGGUAGUGGUGGUAAAUCGUCGAAGGAUAAAGUGUUGAAGACUACGCCGAUGAUAUGGACUACGCCUUUGGGUAUGCCUGUUGUGCAGCCGUAUCGGGAUACUACUGUUAAAGAGGUAUAUACACCAAUGCAAUCAGUCACUUUAAGGAGGAUUGACGACACUUGUGAAAUCAAUCCUCGUAAACAGUCGUCAGCAUUCCCACCUAAUUUUGUACAUUCUUUGGAUGCUAGUCAUAUGAUAUUGACGGCUAUUGCAUGCAACUCUGCCAAAAUCCGCUUCGCCUCAGUCCACGACUCGUUCUGGACGCACGCCGCCGAUUCUGACACCCUAGCACAACUUCUUCGCCAGACAUUCGUACGCCUACACUCAACAGACAUCUUGAACCGUCUGGCGCGAGAAGUCACGGACCGAGUAUCGAAUAACCGGAUUGCUGUAGAUGUAUCACUGACACCUGAACAAGUAAAACAGUGGAAGGAAGCUAAAGGACUGAAGCGAGGUUCAAAGACUAUUAGAGCUUGGUUGAAAGUUGAGCUGCCACCUGUCCCAGAGAGAGGGGAUUUUGGAGUAGAUGUUGUGCAGGAUAGUAAAUAUUUCUUUCAUUGA